AUGAGAUCACCAUCACCCACCAAACAAGAGAAGGAAACACAACCUCCCAAACAGAGUGCCAAUACACCCGAACUCUCAAUGUUAGAGCAGGACUACCAGCUAUGGCAUAGCAUUCUAGUGCAAUACUAUGGCAAGGAAUUUCGACAAGUUAAGCAAUUCGAGACUAUAUCGUGCUAUUCCAGGAGUGAUGAAUCUGCUCCCAGACAGCCACCAGCCUCUACAUUGAGCCAAGCCGAACAGCCCUCUGAAUUCCGGGCUCGGUUUGAUGCUGCUAUUGCUAGAAAUGAGGAUGCUCUGGCGGGGGACGCCUUAGGCAAAGUAUAUGGUAUCGAAGACGUGCGCAAGAAACACGAUAAAAACGAGAAGACGCCUGAAGAACAUUAG